GCGUAACUUCUAUUUCAGAACUGGCAUAAAGACAGUGCAACCUGCUAAGAGGUAGAUGGCAAAAUCAUGUCGUGGCGUUGCGAAGUGGAUAUUGCGCAAUACAUUGAUCUCUCGUGAAAGUCUGACACCGGAAAUACGUCUCCGACUUAUUACUGAACAGAGUUCGUUGUGGAGGAGUGAUCCCGACUUAUGUCCUUUUGUCGAUCCUUUCUGGGCUAUUUAUUGGCCGGGAGGACAAGCCAUAACUCGAUAUAUCCUCGAUAAUGAGACGCUGUUUUAUGGAGCGCAUGUGCUAGACUUCGGAUGUGGCUGCGGUUCUGCGAGUAUAGCUGCAACAAUGGUUGGCGCAAUUCCAAUCGCUAAUGACAUUGAUAAUAAUGCUUUGAUUGCCACAACACUCAACUACAGACUGAACGGAAUUUCCGCAAAAGAAACGCAGUUUAUCAGUGACGACCUGCUGACGACCAAGGACAAUAGCCGUGUAGAAGAGUUCCUAGCGGUGAGAAAGUCCUUUAUCGUGUUAGGAGACAUGUUCUACGACACAGAUUUUGCAGAGAAAGUUCUAGCUUGGCUGUAUAGAUUGAAACAACGCACUGCCACCCGCAUACUAAUCGGGGAUCCAAACCGCCACCCGCUUAAUGACGAGCAAUUGAAAAGCUAUGAAACGAGCGUGAUUAAGAAGCAGUUGAAAUCUUACUCCCUACCCGAGGUCGUGAUGCGAGAACACUAUGGCUUCAGCGGUGUAAACAGCACGCACCCCAAUGAAAGAAAACUGUGA